AUAUUGUAACGAAAUCGUUAUUUACAUUACCUAGCCCUUAGAGGGCGUUAGUUAUUGUAAUUGUUUAUUGUUAUUGUAGAUGUCGCUAUGGUUACGUCGCGCACUGCGAUGCGCGUACGUGGGGUUAAUCUUGUGGGGAGUUUGUGUUGAGCUGCGGGAGAAGGAAGUUGUGCCUUAAUUUGUUUGGAAGUUCAGAUUAUUAAAGUUCUUGGAAACAUUACUUGAUCUUAAGCCAGUAUGCGACAUUCCAGGGGGAACGUGAAGUGCUAUUCUUGCGGUCAUUACUUCUCCCACAAGAGAAGUUUGGAGAGACACAUUCAAGAGAGACAUCGAAGAAGGGAGGAACACAAAUGCAGAGGGUGCGACAAGUCUUUUUUUAGGAAGGACAACCUGACGAGGCACGUACAGAGUCGACACGAGGGGAAGACAACAGAAGACAAGCGGCAAGACGCGCCUGUGGUAACCCCUGUAGCAGCAGGUGAGCUGAGUAUUCAUGCUUCGAAGGAAACACUCUCUUCAGAGAACGGGAAUGCAUCGAGGCCGACCGGUAAAGAUCUCAGCAUGCUGUUAAAGGAGAGGGAAAGUGAGACCUCGUCGGUAUCGUCAGAAUCAGAAGCUGAGGUGGAGGACUGCCCAACCCCAACGUUUCGGAAGAUCCAGAUGGGAAGGCCAAUGCAGGGGUUGGAUCUGCGACGCACUCUUCCGGGCACCCCUCUGCAGGUAGAAGAGAGGUCUUCCUCAACACAGUUCUCGGGGGCAAGAAGCUCUUUCAGGAGGAAAAGGUACGAGAGUACAGCGUGGUUUUCCUGCAUGGGUGUGAAAAGGAAAGUUCGCCGGCGCCUACAAAGUUGCAUCACCUCGCAUCGGAUCAGUCGCUAGGUUCUCCGAUGUCCGUACAGGAGCUGGAAAGGGCCCUGGUCGGCCGGGUUAACAGCAUUACUGAAGUCACCACAAGACGAUCUUUUUGUGACGGGAUUCUGGUAGUGGAGGAAGAGAUCAGGACCAAUUACAGUAUUAACUUGAAGGCUGGAGCAAUCUUACCAGAAGUUUAACUCAUACAUGUAUAUCAAUUCAGCUAUCAUUAAUAUUGCAAUUACUUGGAAACCUGUUUUCUUGUAUGUAUUUUAUGCUGCAAUUGAAGUUCAUGGCGGAACUCAUUUAUAUUCCUCUUAUAGUGAUUAAAUUUUCCUUACAUGUAACUAUUGAUGUUGUUGUUGUUUUUAGUUUUCACGGCGCUAUCAUUGAAAAUAUGAAUAUUUACGCCAGAAUGAAUUCCUAUGAUCUAUUCCACCAAAGAUGAUAAUGCGUGUGUAUAUAUUACUUGUACAUAAUUCUUACCUCAUGUUUAACUGCAGGCUUAUUCGAGGAUAGUGGUACUGCGUACAUACUGAUAGUAUAGGUUGAAAUAGUUUAAAUUUGGAAAGGACUUGAUCUUUUCCCACUCUUGUUCUUGUACAAUUAUAUGUAAUUAUUGCUAUACGUGAAAGUAUUCCAGCGGAUUUUUCGGCCUUUAAUUGCAAAAAUGUAUUUAUAGAUGUUGUUCGCAGGACAGAAUGAUUAAUUGAAAUAAAUGUAUAAAAGUUUUAUCUAUGUAAUUUUGCCUCAUUCUUGCCAAAAGCAUGUAUUAAGACGAUUUUGUGUUUUUGGUCAGAGGACUGCCUAGACUUGGGGCGGGGUAGUGUAACGAAAUCGUUAUUUACAUUACCUAGCCCUUAGAGGGCGUUAGUUAUUGUAAUUGUUUAUUGUUAUUGUAGAUGUUGCUAUGGUUACGUCGCGCACUGCGAUGCGCGUACGUGGGGUUAAUCUUGUGGGGAGUUUGUGUUGAGCUGCGGGAGAAGGAAGUUGUGCCUUAAUUUGUUUGGAAGUUCAGAUUAUUACAGUUCUUGGAAACAUUACUUGAUCUGUAAGUGCAUAUUAUUUCCUGUGUUGGUAACUUAAUUUAGUUAAGUGAUUGUAAGCUGAUCGGAGAGUGUCUGUUGCACAAUAUAUUUUUGUGAGAACGUCGAGUACAGAGAAAGAGCGGGUUCUGACUGAAGAAGUGACGCUACCCAGAGAGUGAGAGACCCGUUUUCGUUACAAUAUAUUCAAU